GAAGCAACAGUUGGUGUUCGUAAACAGGCGCGAACGAACGCGCUACUUUCCCGCGCUGUGUAAACAAUAUUUUUUAAUUUAGUUUUUUAUUCGGAAUGAAUUUACAAAGCAAAGCCAAUAAGUUUGUGUGCCCCAACGACCGGCAGUUGUCACUGCGCGCCAAACUUCGCACGGGAUGGAGCGCAGCGCGAAGCGAGCCUCCCCUGACAGCGACAGAGCGGGAAGCUAUUGCGGCCGUCGUGCGACGGGCAGAGAAAGUAGACGAGGUGGAGGCACGACGAGUUGGACGACUGGUCUCGCGACUUGAAGGAAUGCGACGGUCAGCGCAAGGCCCAGCACCGCGAACAUGCCUCGUAUGCGGGGAAACGGCGCGCCUCCUGUCUCCCUUACGCACCUGCUCCAUAUGCCGGCAUUCAGCUUGUCCUAAGUGCGUCAUCGACACUAAUGUCCACAGAUCACCAAUCCGAUCCAGAGAGCAGUACAUAUGCAAUCUCUGCGCAGAGACACGCGAGAUGUGGAAAAAGUCCGGAGCAUGGUUCUUCAAGUCUCUUCCUAAGUACAUACUUCCGGAGAGGCGACAGACGGGGCAGUAUGCGGACAGUAAACUUGCCAGGUCACUUCAACAGGACGGUGGCAACAGUAGCAACGAAGGCAAGACGGACUCCGAGCCGGGCUCGCCCUUGAGCGUCCACGCCCCUGCCUUCUCGAGGCAGCCCAGUAACAGUGAGAGCCGGAAGUCUGAAUCACCUCACGAUCCGCAUCACGACUGGAACGAAACUGAUAUCCUGAGUCACGGCGUGAGCGGUCUUAGCCUACACCGCACGGACAGUGUGAACCAACGGCCUCUCGCCUCCCUUAAAAGAACUGGGAGCAAAGGAAGCGCCUACAGCCUCCGUAGCGUUCGAAAAGAAAUACCAAAGCCUGAACGACCAACAUCGAUACCGGACGCAGGGUUCGGCACUUUGGAGAUCAAGUUAGCGUAUGAAAAUGCCACAUCGUCGUUAGCCGUUACAGUGCUGAGAGCUAGGGGUCUGAUCGGAAUGGACAUGACCGGGCUGUCAGACCCUUUCUGCCGACUUGAAGUUCUGCCGAUAGAAGGCACAUACUCCAAUCGACUACGAACGAAGACGGUGCACAAAACAAAGAACCCUGAGUUCAACGAGACCCUCCACUUCUUCGGCAUCACGGAGUCGGACCUCGUCAGCAAGACCUUGGAGAUAUUUUUGUUCGACGACGACAGAUUCGGCUGCGACGAGAUGGGCUCGGCAACAGUAUCUCUUCGAGAAUGCGCCAAGGCACCCACGCAGCUACGCCUAGCUCUCUCUGGAUCGACUAGCUGUGAACCAACAGGCCCCCGGCUCCUAUUGGCUCUCUGCUAUAGUACCAAGAGAAGGGCGCUGGUCGUGACUGUGUGCAGGGCCGCUGAUCUGCCCGCUCAGGACAGCAACGGAUACUCGGACCCUUUUGUUAAGUUACACCUGGACCCCGAUCCAUAUCACAAGAAGCACAAAACCUCCAUCAAGUGGCGUAACUUGAACCCAGUUUGGAACGAAGAGAUCCUCUUCGAAACCCGGCCCACCGAGUUGUCCCGACAAAACCUUACCCUGACGGUUUGGGACAAGGACUACGGGAAGCCCAACGAUUUCCUUGGGAGCCUGGUGUUGGGCGCUAGUAGUAAGGGUAGAAGACUAAAGCAUUGGAUGGACUGCAUUAAAUUUCCGGAUCAUAGACACGAGCAGUGGCAUUCUUUGACUGAUACGCAACAUUUAUAGAAUGUUACAAGAGUGCUGCAAGGAAUCG